GGAGCAGUGAGCCGGGUGAGCCGGAGCUUGCGUGUCUGCUUCAUUCAUCUGCUGUUUUUUUUUUUUUUUGGGGGGGGGGGGGUCGUUCCUGCCCUGCCUGUUACCCCCACGGGGGCAGAAGGCGGCUUCUCCCUUUCUUCUCUUCUCCGUUUUGCCCUCAGAAUGGCUCUGUGAGCCACACUGGCUCCCGGAGGAACUUAGAAGAAGAGCUGUUUUUAUACCCCACUUUUGUCAACCUUUAAGGAGACUCAAAGCAGCUGUCAACCGCCUUCCCAUCCUUGCAACAGACACCUGAUGAGGUUCAUGACUUCUGCAUUAGGCUGUUCAACUAACCGAGCGUCAUGAGCAGGAACAAGCGUGAAAACAACUUCUACAGUGUAGAGAUUGCAGAUUCUACCUUCACUGUGCUCAAACGAUAUCAGAAUUUGAAGCCUAUUGGUUCAGGCGCCCAGGGCAUAGUAUGCGCAGCCUAUGACGCCAUCCUUGAAAGAAAUGUUGCAAUCAAAAAGCUGAGUCGGCCAUUUCAGAACCAAACCCACGCUAAACGAGCCUACAGAGAGCUUGUCCUUAUGAAGUGUGUGAACCAUAAAAUAUAAUUGGCCUGUUGAAUGUUUUUACCCCACAGAAAUCACUGGAAGAAUUUCAAGAUGUUUACAUAGUGAUGGAGCUCAUGGAUGCAAAUCUCUGCCAGGUGAUUCAAAUGGAGCUGGACCAUGAACGAAUGUCCUAUCUCCUUUACCAGAUGCUGUGUGGCAUUAAACACCUCCACUCCGCUGGGAUUAUACACAGGGAUUUGAAGCCAAGCAAUAUAGUAGUCAAAUCGGAUUGCACUUUGAAGAUUCUUGACUUUGGACUGGCCAGAACAGCAGGAACAAGCUUUAUGAUGACGCCUUAUGUUGUGACUCGUUACUACAGAGCGCCAGAAGUCAUCUUGGGGAUGGGGUACAAAGAAAACGUUGACAUUUGGUCAGUGGGGUGCAUCAUGGGAGAAAUGAUCAAAGGUGGUGUAUUAUUUCCUGGUACAGACCAUAUUGAUCAGUGGAAUAAAGUUAUUGAGCAACUAGGAACCCCGUGCUCUGAAUUCAUGAAGAAGCUGCAACCAACCGUCAGGACCUACGUGGAGAACAGGCCUAAGUAUGCUGGCUAUAGUUUCGAGAAGCUGUUCCCCGAUGUCCUUUUUCCAGUUGACUCUGAGCACAACAAACUGAAGGCCAGUCAAGCCAGAGAUUUGUUAUCCAAAAUGCUGGUGAUCGACGCAUCAAAAAGAAUCUCAGUGGAUGAAGCCCUGCAGCAUCCAUACAUCAAUGUCUGGUAUGACCCUUCGGAAGCCGAAGCCCCUCCUCCAAAGAUACCAGACAAGCAGCUAGAUGAACGAGAGCACACAAUAGAGGAAUGGAAAGAGUUGAUCUACAAGGAAGUCAUGGACCUGGAGGAGAGAACCAAGAAUGGAGUUAUACGUGGACAGCCGCCUCCUUUAGGUGCAGCAGUGAUCAGCAGUUCUUGGCACCCGUCUUCAUCGUCCUCCGUCAACGACGUGUCUUCGAUGUCUACCGACCCAACCUUGGGUUCUGAUACAGACAGCAGUCUAGAAACAUCAGCAGGUCCUCUGGGAUGCUGCAGAUGACUACGAGAGAAAUUGGAGGGGACGGGGGAGGGAGGGAGGGAGGGGGUGGUCUUAGUUUCCUAAAUCAAUGGUGGUAUUUUGGGGAGUUCAGAAGUAAUUGUGGGAUUCGUUCCAGAGUGCUACUUUCAAACCGUCAGUCGUGUUAGAAGCAGCCGCAGUGCUUUCCUUUAAUUAAGUGUACAGUAUUAAUUUUUUUUGUCAUGGGUUUUUAAAUCUGCAUAUGUUUUACUACUGUUAAGGCUGACCUUAUUUUUUUUAAAAAAAAUUGCAUUUGUAAGACUUUAUUCAGCAUAAUGUUCAGUCUGUUACAACAUGGCUUUAUUUAUGGUUUUCUCGUUUUUUCAGAACUGUUUUUAUUUAAGGUGUCUGUCUAUGUUUACAGGCCCUUUUUGCAACCCAUAAGCUAAAAUCUUCCCUUCUAGCCAUGUGGCUAAUUGUCACUCCAGGGACAGCAGCUCUGAACGCACAGGAUUCUGGGGUCCAAUGAGAGCAUGACGAAAGGUCCAGCAGCUUUGCAUCAGGCAGCCCAAAGGAGCUGACCCGUCCUGCCUGAUGCCGUUUCUGACCACCUUCGGCAAGAAGGCCACCCUUGGACGCACAGUCCUGCCAAGCAGAUAAAGUGUCCUCUGUGAGUUGCCAUUAGCCAGCCACUCCACUCUCCUCACCCCGCUCCGCCAUGCAAAUUCACCUUUCCCACACCUCACACAGGUCUGUGGAGUUCUCUUUGGUCUGUUAGCUCUUGUGUACACCUUUCCUUUCCCUGAAGCACUUUUCUCACCCAGAGGGCCCUGCAGUCCUCAAUUCUUUAACAGAUGUAUCCUGCCAGGCAGGGGUGUCAGCUGCUAGUGUAGAGUCCCUCGUUGGACCCGACAGAGCUAUAACUCUGAGAGCUGGCCCUGGGAUGCUCUGAAGCCAUGAGAACGGAGUCGUUUUCAGCACUGAAGUCCCCUUUUUUUGAGCUCCCUUUUUAGAAGGAAAAAAGUAAUAAUGAACUGUGUAGAAAUGUUAAAUAGUAAUGUAAAAUGGUGCUGCUCCUUAUUGAAAAUAUGUUAACUGUUUACAAAUGUAUAUUAUUGAAUGAUUUUGUGCAGCUGACCUGUGUAUGAGUAAAACAAUCAUUGAGAAUUUAUGUCCUUUGAAAAUACGAUGUUUUGUUUAUUUUUAAUUUAGGCUAUACUGACUGCCUUGUGUAGAUAAAAGUAUUUUGUGUAGUGAAUGUAAAUGUGAACGAAAAUGUACAUCAAUGCCGCCUACGGAAAUGAACAUUAAACAAAAUAGCACAA